AUGUCUAAAAUAUUGAACGACCAGAUAGUGAUCAGUGGUAUGAGUGGACGGUUUCCACUGUCCGACACUAUUGACGAGUUUGCCGAAAAUCUAUACAAUGGCACUGAUAUGAUCAGUGAUGACAACCCGCGUUGGCCUAAAGGACUGUAUGAUAUGAACUCACGAAUGGGUAAACUGAAAACUUACGACAGGUUUGACAUAACUUUUUUCGGUUUAAUGGAAAAGAUGUGUCACGAAAUUGAUCCACAAUCUCGUCUACUAUUAGAGGUAACCUACGAAGCCAUCAUCGAUGCAGGCAUAAAUCCCGAUUCACUUCGCGGUACGCGAACCGGUGUUUACAUAGGAGUUGCCAGCUAUGCGGCCAGUGAUGGAUAUGCAGAGGAACUACAACCGGAUAUCAUUACACAAAAAGAUUCAGUGUUUUUACAGACUAUUGGCAAUAUGAAGGCAUUGUAUGCCAAUCGGGUGUCUUUUGUGUUUGAUUUUAAAGGUCCAUCAAUGAUAGUGGACACGGCCUGUUCGUCCAGUUUAACGGCAUUUAACUUAGCAAUCAAUGAUCUCAGAUUAGGUAAUGUUGACUAUGCUAUCGUUGGCGGUACUCAUAUGACAUUUGAUCCGUACGUACUCCAAAUGGCACAGGAAUCUGGUGUUUGUUCGCCAACUGGACGCUCAUCCGUAAUGGAUGAAUGCGUCGACGGUAUGGUCAAAGCAGAUACUGUUGUGUCGCUUCUGCUUCAACUUAGACCCGGUGCCCGACGAGUGUACGCUAGAGUAUUGACUUCGAGAGUCAAUUGCGACGGCCGCAAGACUAUCGGUAUGUUUCAUCCGUCGAGUGAAGAACAAUGCAAACUAAUGGUAAUGGCCUACACUGAGGCUAAUAUAGAUCCAUUGAAACUGACAUAUUUUGAGGGACACUUGACUGGAACUAAGGCUGGCGAUCCCGAAGAAAUUCGUUCAAUUUUUAGGGCUUACUAUGAAAAGCCAGACCGUCGUCAGCCGUUAUUAGUGGGCAGUUUGAAAAGCAAUAUGGGUCACGCUGAGGGAGGUUCCGGUUUGGCCUCACUUAUCAAAGUGUUGUUAGCUUUUGAAAAUGAAUGUAUUCCCCGUAAUAUUAAUCUAAACACAUUAAGACAUGAACUUAGACUAUACUGUCCACCAAUUAGUCCAGUGACUAGCAAUAUGCCUUACAAACCGGGAAUGGCCGCUAUUAACAACUUUGGUUUGGGUGGAGUUAAUGCACACUUAUUGGUUGAACCCAACUAUAAAAUUAGAUCCACUACUGAUGAUGAUUGUCUGUGUAUAGCAGAUACUAUACCGAGAAUAGUCAAUAUUUGCGGCCGAACUGAGGACUCGGUCACAUAUAUUAUGGAUUUUAUUGAACAAAAUCCUGGAAAAAUAACUAAAGAUUUUUUGGCACUUUUGGGUGAAAUUAUGAAAUACACGCCUAAUAUAAACUCAUCCGGCUUUCCCUAUAGAGGAUCACUUAUUAUCUCAAAAUUGAGAGAAAACUGUAAUGACAUUAAAUACAGUUAUAAGAAGAGCAUCAGUAGAUAUGUCAACAAAACACGCAAAUCUUUGUGGAUUGUGUUUCCCGGUUUGGGUGGCGAAUGGCCAACAAUGGCAAAGGCAUUGAUGUCUAUACAAGUGUUUGCCGACAAAGUGGAUGAAUGCCAUCAAAUACUAUCAAAAGACUUUAAUGUUGACCUGAAAUGGCUGAUCCUAUCGGACGAUCCGCAGACAGUGUCGACAAUGACCAAUAAGUUUUGCUCGAAGACAUCCAUAGAGAUUGCAUUGUUUGAAUUAAUUAAAUCAUUAGACAUUAUACCAGACGGCAUAAUUGGCCACUCUUUCGGCGAGAUUGCCUGUGCCUACGCAGACGGUUGCCUAACAACUCGAGAGGCUAUGGCUGUGGCCUACUAUAGGGGAGUCAUAACUGCAAGUGAUAGACUCAUACCUAAAGGACUAAUGGUUUUCGCUGCUGUUUCCAAAUCAGAAGCUCAGAAGCUUUGUUCGGAUGGCGUGUAUGUGGUUUGCAAUAAUGCUAAAGAUGUUAUCAUAUUAUCAGGCCCCGUCAAAGAAAUGCAUGAAACCAUUAAUAGACUGGUAGAUAGAAGCAUAUCUGUAAGACAAUUGAAUAGCAAUGACAUUCCCUAUCACAGCAAAUAUUUGCAAUCAUCGGCACAGCCUAUGAUUGAUGCAAUAAAAAAAUAUCUACCUGAGCCGAAAAUUAGAUCAAAUAAAUGGUUGUCCACAUCGUUGUUGACCGAACCUCGGGAUGAUGUGCUCAAGUAUGCAUCGGCCGAGUAUUUUGUAUACAAUCUGUUAAAUCCGGUCGAGUUUUACGAACGAUUAAAACAAAUACCUACCGAUGCUGUUGUACUGGAGCUCAGUCCGCAUCCUAUAUUCAACAAAAUUAUUGCCGAAACAUUGGUUAAUUCAACAUAUAUAUCGUUGCUUAAGAAUGACAGGGAGGACAACAACUUAGACCGGUUUCUGACAGGUGUCAGCAAAUUAUAUGAACUGGGAUUCAAUCCGUCCAUUGAAAUACUCUAUCCGAAAGUCGAGUGGCCAGUAGCCCGACAAACGCCAUCAAUAGCAUCGCUACACCGUUGGGAUCAUAGCGAACAAUUCAAGCGACGUCUAUAUCCACUGACAAACUGUCGUUUGACGGCUUCCGAUAUGAAUGUGACGGUUGAUAUCAAUAGCAAAGACUGGGAAUUUCUAGCCGAUCACUGUAUCGACGGUAAUAUUAUAUUUCCGGCCACCAAUUAUUUAAUGCUCGCGUGGCGUCAUUUGGCUGCCAGUGUCGGCAAAUUAUGGAUUACCGUUCCCGUUGUGUUUGAAGACGUCCAGUUUCAUCGGGCAACUUUUCUAUCGGCUAAUAGACCAUCACAUCUGAAAGUUAGAUAUUUUGCUGACACAGGUGAUUUUGUUAUAUUGGAAGACAACAAUAUUGCAGCUGUAGGUAAAAUGUCGUCACCACCUAAUAAUACGGAGUUCCUUAUGUGUCAGCAUAUGAUUGCUGAAAAAAAUAAUCUUAAAGGGAUUACAACCGAUGAAUAUCUACUGGAAAGGGAUGACAUACGUAAGGAACUGCGUGUCAAUGGUUACGACUUUGGAUCAUAUUUUCGACGAUUGAAAUCAAUUCGUACGAAAAAUUUUCGACAAUUUCUGUCUAUUAACGAAUGGGACGGAAAUUUUGUCACAUUCUUAGAUUCGAUGAUACAGUCAAUGCUUCUAUCGGUACCAAUACGUCAAUUGAUGGUACCUGUUAUGGUUAGAUCAGUCAAAAUUGAUCCGACAGUAUUUUUUGAUCAAUUGAAACGAUAUCGUCGAUCGGUUUCACCACCAAAUAAACUAAUUAAUCCUAUCGGUGAUGAAAAACAAAAUAAAUUUAAUCAAAAUCUAGUUGACACUGAUAUAACUACUACCGAAAGACUGGAUGAACGAUUUCAUAAAUAUCAGGCUGAAGUUCCCAUUUAUUAUAAUCGUGACAUACCGGUGCUGGUCACCCAUGGCAUUGAAGUCUACGAGAUUCGUACUUCGGCUGUAUCGCGAAAAGUGGACACUCAAUCAACGAGAUUGGUAUUGGAUUCGUAUGAAUGGAUGCCCAACACUGAUGUUAUGGCCAUUGAUGUCGACUAUCGUAAAGAAAUUCAUAAAUAUAUUGAGGUUUGUAAAUCAUUGGCAGCUAAAGUAAAGCAAACAGUAUUUAAUGAUAUGAAAUGCAAUUUCAAUUAUCAACUUUUUGAAGACAAUGUAAUAAAUGAGUAUAAAUCAGCUAAUAAUAGUAAAAAUUGUUAUACAAUUUUACACAUUUUGGAUCAAUUGCUGACUAUUGUUAAAGAUUAUAAUAAUAAUGACAACGAUAGAAAUAUUGAUACAAUUAAAAACAAUAAUAAAUUGAUGACAAUUGUUGCCGACAUAUAUGCCGAUCAGGAGGUUGAUAUCAAUUGCGAUAUUAUUAACAAUAUUGACAAUAAUGAACGCCUAUUGAGGACAAUGAUUGACAUGAUUAGCGAAAAUGUGAUACCUGUCCAUGAAUUGAACGUCACUGAAAUCAACUUAAACAACUCCGGUAGUAGUUAUUUGAUGGACAAAAUAAUGCCAUUAAUGGUUAACUUUAAACUGAUACCCACUGAUGUUAACUAUCGGAUUAUUGUCAACAAAUCAGGACAACAAACUACUGUUUCACCACUAGAUAUUGGUUACAAACACAACAUUCAGGAAUGGGAUGUCAAUGAAAGUAUAGUUUUGUCUUCAAAUCAUUUAAUUAUACUGAGAGACAGCCACCAGAUCUUGGAUGACAGUAGUAGUGUUGUUGGCGGUGUCGAAAAAUUUAUACAAGAUAUGUACGACUCGAUAGUCCCAAACGGUUUUUUAUUGGCCAUAUUUCGUUAUAAGUUAACCGAACCCGAAGUGGCCAUUAAAUCAUUGAUUAAUCCGAAAAACAAGUGCUUAACAGACAAAUAUUUGACGGACAGAAUCGAUACGUUCCAUAAAAUUGCAGUUAAACUUGGAUUUCGGUUUAUUUGCUCCAAGUUUGACACUAUUGGCACUCAGGCUAUACUUUUCCGAAAAUCUACUGAUAAACCUACCGUUCCCAACAACGAUAAUAUAGUAUGGAUUGCUGGACAACAACAGUAUAAUCUAUGGUUUGAUACAUUAAAAAACAAGUUAAACAAUAUAUCUGAUGGCAAAUUGGACACCAUUUGGCUAAUAUCCACCAAUAAGGACACAAAUAUAAACGGUUUAUUGGGUUUUAUAAAUUGUCUGCGACUUGAGCCCAAUGGACACUACUUUAAGUGUAUUAUUGAUUAUGACAACAACAACAACCUCGACGCUAAUAAUACAAUUGAUUUUACUGUUGAACCGUACGCUACAAUAUUAGCCAACAAUAUGGCUAUAAAUAUUAUACGCGACGGGAAAGUUGGUACAUAUAGACACUUUAGACUACCGAAAUACUUUGACACAGUUAUGAGUAAUAACUAUUUUCUCGAUUAUGGUCAACACAGUGUCGCUGAAAUAUCGGGGCUGACCUGGUAUGACAGCAGUCAUAUUAGUUAUCCAAAGGAACGUUACGAUUUUAAUAACAAUAAAUACACAAAUGUUUCGGUCAAUGUUUAUUGUUCGGGCCUUGUCUUUAGGGAUGUCAUGUUAGCUUCCGGUAGUAUAACAGCUCCUAUAGAUAUCCUGAACAGCAAUAUGAACAGUGAUCUCGGCUGUGAAUUUGCUGGCAGACGAGUGGACACUGGGGAACGUGUUAUGGGAGUCGGUAUGGGAUGUAUUGCAUCGGUUGUUAAUACUUUUUCAAACAAUAUUACCCCAAUACCCGAGCACUGGUCAAUGGAAGAGGCGGCCACUGUUGUGGCCAAUUAUUCAACACUAUAUUAUGGUCUUAUACUUAAGGGUAAUCUACAAAAAGGUGAAAAAGUAUUGAUUCAUUCGGGAACCGGUGGAAUUGGACAGUCGGCUAUUAAUAUAUGUAGACACUAUAAUUGUGAUAUAUAUACAACUGUAGGAACUAAAGAAAAACGACAGUUUCUUAUUAAAGAAUACGGAUUAUCUGAUAAUAAGAUAUUCAGUUCGCGGGACACACUGUUUAAACUGAAAAUACUUGAGUUGACUGAAGGAAAGGGAGUAGACAUUUGUAUUAACUCAUUGGCCGGCGAUAAACUGGAUGCCAGUUAUCAGUGUAUGGCAAAUGGGGGCCGAUUUUUGGAGUUAGGAAAAGUAGAUAUGAUUCAAAACAAACGCUUAGGUAUGUUUGACUUUUUACGUGACAUCAGUUUUAUUGGUGUGGCAAUGGAUAAGAAAGUGGAUCUAAUGCCCAAGUUUUUCCAAUGGAUGCAUCAAAACUCUGGUUUCGAUGGUUGUGUCAAACCUAUAACAAAAACAGUGUUUACACAUACUGAAGCCGUACAGGCAUUUCGAUAUAUGACAACUGGCAAACAUAUCGGCAAAAUUGUAAUUAAGUUUCGUAAGGAAGAAGAUUAUAGAGAACCGAUAACUAUAGUAAAACCCUCACCCGAUAUGUUGGUCAUCAGGAAAACCUAUUUCAAUGCCGACAAGUGUUAUAUAAUAACUGGUGGUUUGGGUGGCUUUGGCUUAGAGCUUAUACAUUGGAUGAUUAAAAAGGGCGCUAAAAAGUUUGUAUUGACCUCCCGUUCCGGAGUUAAAACAAAUUAUCAGAAAUAUGUUAUCAAUCGUUUAUUAUUGUUUGGACAACACAUACGAGCUCUCGAGGUUAAUAUAGUUGUGUCGACAGCAAAUGGUAAGACCAUUGAUGGCAGUCGACAACUACUCUUUGAAGCGGAACAGUUGGGUCCCAUCGGUGGUGUCUUUCAUUUGGCUCUUGAGCUCAAUGAUUGUCUGUUGCAAAACUCAAAAUCACUGGAAAAAUAUCAGUUGGCUAUUGACACCAAAUAUUUAUUGUUUGAGCAUUUGGAUCAACUGACCCGUGCGUUGUCAUAUAAAUUGGAUUAUUUUGUUGUAUUUUCAUCUGUCGCUUGUGGUAAGGGUAAUGCCGGCCAAACCAACUACGGUAUGGGAAAUGCUUUGUGCGAACGUAUUUGCGAACAACGAAACCGCGAUGGUCUACAUGGACUGGCCAUACAGUACGGACCUAUUGGCGAUGUUGGCGCUGUCGUCAAUAUGGAAAGUUAUGUCAAACAUUUGGCAAAUAUGCAAAUGCAACGAAUCAACUCGUGUUGUCACGUAUUGGAUAAAUUGCUUCAAACCAGACAACCAAUUGUUACAUCAUAUGUAAUAAAUACAUGUAACAAAAAUUUGAACACAAAAGAAGAUCGUGUUAUCGGCAAACUAUGGCGCGCACUGGGCAUAGAUCCUGACACCACACCCGACAACAUGUCUUUGGGAGAGAUUGGUAUGGAAUCUAUGUUUGUCAUUGAACUGCAACAGGAACUCCAAACCCGAUACGGAAGUCAACUGAAUGUCCAACAAAUAAAACGAAUCACUGUUAAAAUGUUGAAAGAUUACGAUACCGACAAUAAUAAUAUCAUCAGUCAGUAUAUGGAUCAGUUGAGAUCAUGUAAAUCACACCUACUAUGCUAUCGAUUCCAAUUACCUACCGAUGCAUGGGUUAGGCUUAACAAUAGCACUCAAGGAAAGCCAGUUUAUUUAAUGCCGCCACCAGAAUGUAAUUUUGCCGCAUUUGAACAAUGGUCUCAUAAAGUUAACCGACCAGUUAUUGGUCUCAAUUGGACCCGACAUAUGUAUCAACCUUCGUCUGCAAUGAAAGUGGUUUUUGAAUAUUACAUAAAUUUGAUGCAAAAUUUAGAGCCUAACGGAAACUAUGAUGUUGUGGGCUAUUUGGACGGCGCAUACAUCGCAGCUCAGUUGGUUCGUAAAGGAAAAGCCGAUAGAGCUUUGAUUGUCGAUAUGUUUAACGAAAACGGUUUAAAAGUUGACGAACAGGUGCUUAACAACAACAACAAUAAUGAUAUUUUAAAUAUAAUUAUUGACUACUAUUUUAAUGACAUACCCGAGUGUUACUAUAAUAAACUGCAAAUUGAUUUGAAAGAUAUUGGCGAUGAUCUGAGUAAACAAAUCAAACGAUUGAUCGACGAACUAAAAGAGUUGGCCGGACGACAAUUGGUCACUACCGAUUCCGACCAAAUAUUAACUAUUUUUGCCAAACGACUGUCCAUGUUGUUGACCUACUUGAAGGACAAGCGUAAUAAGUUUGGCACUAAUUUAGAUGAACGAGUAGACAAAAUGUGGGCUAAAACUAUUGGUAAAAUAGUGUUUCUCAGUUCAAACACCGGCGACAGUGAAACUAAUUUGUCUACAAAUGAUGGACACAAAAGUUUUAUCCGUGACAUGUAUUUGUUGCCAAAUUCAAGUAAAUUGUUUACCGAAGUACCGAUAGUGGACAAUGCAGACAAUACUCUCACUAAAUAUAAAUUAAAUGAUGUUAUUCAGCAUAAAAUUAUGGAAAUACUUAAUAAUACAUAA